AUCAACUAAAAAAACAAAGAAAAAAAAACCAUGUCCGAGACUUUCCAGAUCCCACCGGAAGAAUCAUCACCAUACACCAUCACUCUAUUCUCCAAGUUGGCUUUCGGUAGCAGCGGUGGGGAACAGACGAGAUUCCGGCGGUGCUAAACAUUUAUAACAGUAAAGAUAUUCCGUUUUCAGAACCAGAUCCGGUGGUUCUCAGUGAUUCUGUGCGUGGUACGGCGAUUAGUAGCAGCUCCGACCUGUUCCCCAAAAAAAUCAGAUCCAAUUCCAGUGUCUUUCAGUGGCCUGAUGCAAAUUCGGGCAUAAUCUUCAGUCUUCUCUCCUCUUCGGUAAAAAUAAUUCAUACUUAGAUUUGCAUAUUAGGACUCUUUUAUUUCUUUGCAUUAAAUCAACAUUUUCUUUCAAUUUCCUUUAAUUUUUUGUUGAAUUGAAUUCGAAUUAGAAGUGUUACGAGAUUGUGUAGCGAGGUCAAGCCAACUGGAGUUAGUCUCUGUUGAGUGGAAAAAUCCCAUACUGGGAUUUAACAAAGGAGCAUUCUACUUGUUGUCAAUUAAUUUUAGGUGAGUUAUAAAUUUUCUGUUGAAAUCCACAUACAUAAUUCCACAUACAUAAUUCCACAAGAUGGGUUCUAUUCUUGGAAACACGCUGUUAACUCUGAUAACACCGGACUGCAUCUCAGGGAUGAAUUAAUGCAUUUGACAAAGACUCGACAUUCAUACGCUAUGUAACCUUAUAUUAAAAUCUACAUACACAAUGGUCACAGUCUGAUUGUGGUGGAAUAAGGCUGAACUUGUUGUUUUGUUUGAUCUAUGAUAGCUUUGAUUUUGAUUUGCAUUCUGAAGAAUUGUUCAGUGCGUAUGUGUUAAAAUGGGUUCGCAUUUUAUACUCAAUUUCUGUCCGUGAUUUGCAUAAAAUGAAUUCUUGUGCUGUGAUCGUGUUAUUAAAUUUUGGAUUUGAGUUUGUGUUUUAUAUGCCUGUUCAAGUUAUUCAGACUGUUUGUUCUUGUAUUUCUAAUUUCAUGUUUGACAUAAAACUUGAAUUGCUGA